CCUUCAAAGGAAUUUGGUGUAAACGUUUAUUGGAAGCGUACCCCGAAUCCGACGAAGAAUCUCCUCAACUGACAGUUGCGGAGCUGAAAAGAAUCAGAGCCGACUCACCAGAAGUACCAGAAGUACCAGAAGUACCAGACGUACCAGACGUACCAGACGUACCAGAAGUACCAGAAGUACCAGAAUUAAUCUAUUGGUUUCCCACCGAAAUUUUGGAGAAAAUCUUCAUGAAUAUCGAUACAACGACCAGGGUUCAGUGUCAAAAAGUAUGUAAUCGUUGGUGGGACAUCAUCAAGACUACCUGGUGUGCAGUGCGACACGUCGUGAUCCUCAGUACUAGUUCCACCGUUCGCAAUCAUGUAAUCGAUGGAACCGGUGAUACUGUUACGAUUGUAUCACCAGCCAUCGAUUCCCUGGAGCAGGGACUGCAUCGUCAACAUGCUGUCCGGUUCCUCAAGACUGUAAACCCGGCAAAUCGGCAAAGAUUUUUAACUCUAAUCGUGCAUCCCAGGACACCACUGUCAUCUCAGGUUGAUGAGUGUCAUUACAAUAUCAUCUCCCAGUGUAGUCGGCUGACGUCUCUGACGACUGAAGUGGUGGAUGCAGACAUGAUAAAACUGAUUAGUGAAAGUAAGACCCUGCAAGAGCUGACUUUGAACUACAAUGGAGAUUCUUAUGUGCAUUCAUCAAUGUGGGAUCCUCUUAUUGAACUGACAACCCUGAAAAAGCUCGCCAUUCUCUCUAGAGUAGAAGUGCGCUCUGGCCGGUGUGUACAACUGCAAUUACCUCUGGGGACAGCAUUCCUUGGCAAAGUGGCACUCAACCUUCGGAAAUUGGAAUCGAUUUCAAUUGGAGCUUCCGUAUACUUAACCGACGGUGGUAUGAAGUGGCUGACCUUUCUACCGUGUUUAAAAGAAGUGAGGAUUAAUUGCUGCGCCUUGUUGACCGGCAAAUUCCUCGAGGAGUUGCAACAUGUGGAAGUCGUGAUUUUGACGGGCUGCGGGAUCAGGGAUGAAGGAGUAAUACCAUUACUAAAGGCUUCGCGUACUCUACGAAAGCUUGGUCUUGGAGGCACUGCUAUCACCAACGACACCAUCGUGGCUGCCAUUCAGGAGACAUGGAAACGCACCAACGGAAUCGUCUUGACUCUGGACGUCAGUUGCACAUAUACUGAUGUGAGUGCCUUCCAGGAGACCCCUCCACUUUUGGAACUUAUUAUUUAAACCAAAAUAUAAGAAGUAUUAACUAUUUAUUAUAUUGAAUAUUGUUAACCCACAGUUAGUGACGUAUUAUGCACUAAUGGAACUUCGAAAUAAUUAAUAAUUUUUUUACUGUCGUUAUACAUCGAAUGUAAAUAAAAUUAUGGU